ACCGUCCUUACGCCGGACAUGUUCAUUUCGAAGGCCCAUAUCUAUGACGGUGAUAGCAAUUACGAUGACUGCAAGAUCUUGCCGCCAAAUCUUCUGAAGCAACCCCCGCACGUGAAGAAUAACAACGUUUAUUUCUAUAACUUGUACUCUGCGCUGAAGCACAUCAGUGACCUGGACAAGUUGCGAAAUGAGGGCAUCAAAACGGCGGCUCUUACGGUGUCCGUGGGGCUGUACGGCCGCUGGUACCUGGUCGACACCGACUCACAGGGGAACGUGCGAAACUACACACCUGGUGACACCUGCUUUCAGGACAAGAUCGAACAGCAAAUGGCUGGCAUCGCGACAGUGUGCAAGAAUCCGAAGUACGACAGCAUUCGCGAAAGCGAAGAGAUGAGCUGCAGUUACGUCGUGGACAAGAACGCAGCGAUGACCUUUGUCUACGACACACCCGCUACGCUAAGAUACAAGCUUUGCCUAACGAAGAGGAACGUAACUGGACUACAGUACGGGAUCACGGCGGCGCGGCUCGAGUAUUCGGAUGCAUUCGACCACUGCGGUUUGGGCACGUUUCCAAUGCUGACCGCAGUUAAAAACACGCUUACGUUCUUCAAGGAGAAGUACAAUUCCCCUGACGCCUACGACGAGUGUCUUUCAACCAAGAGUUCUGCCGAAGAAGACCAAGUGACAGAUAUGCUAUGAAUCGGUGACGUAUUUUAUAUU